AUGGCUCUGCGAGUUCUCUGCAGGGAUGAACAACAGCGCACAAUCGUUCUUGUGGCAAACGGCUAUGCCCUCACAAUAAACUACGUGCCGCUAGGCUCAGAAUCCAUAUCAGACAACACGUUCAAGUUCUCCAACCUCAGCCCUCCAAGGUGUGUUGUCGAGUUUGCCGCCGCAGAUACUAUACCUGUAUCCAAGUUCCGUACUCUGGGGACCGGCUUGGGGACACUGGGACUCAUCAAGCUUGCUACCGGCGACGUUUUUAUAUGCAUCAUUACGCGCUCGACUACUGUGGCCAACGUGAGGCCCAGGGAAACGGUGCAAAGAAUAGAUAAUGUUGAAUUUUUCUGCCUAAACCGACCCGAUUACGACCUAGUCGUAGGUCCUGAUUCAGAUACGCGUAAUUAUAAUUAUGGCACUGCUUAUCAAGGAUACGAUGUUGCCCCGGAAAAUCCCUCUUUGGCGUUGAAAAAGCUUUUGGAUGAUGGGAGCUUUUUUUAUAGCUCUGACUUCAAUCUGACGGAACGCAUUCAGGAUAGAGUUGAUGAUCCCGUUGCUUUCGACAUCGAAAGUCUUGACGAGGACUUCCUUUGGAACUCAUAUAUGAUUAAGCCUUUGCUGCAGUUCCGGAACGGCUUAGGUGUACAGGACCGACAGAAGCUGGACUCUUCUCGACUCCUUACGUCGGCAAUUCGAGGAUUUGCCCAGUCAUUAACCAUUCCUGCUUCUUCGUCUCUCUUCCCUAAUAUAGAAUCAAACCUCCCAUCAAGUUUAACUGUGAUCUCACGUCUCUCCUCACGUCGUGCGGGAACCAGAUUUAAUGCUAGAGGCAUCGACGAUGACGGAAACGUUGCAAAUUUUGUGGAGACAGAAACAAUCCUAUGGAUCCCCCCUGCAUUGUGUUUUUCCUAUACUCAGGUUCGGGGCUCGGUACCGGUAUUUUGGGAACAAGAAGCGGGCUACAUUCCAGGAGCACAGAAAGUCAAGGUCAGCCGUGCCGCAGCCGCCGCACAGCUCGCCUUUGACAAACAUUUUGGAGACUUAACACUUAAUUAUGGGGCUGUUCAUGCAAUCAACCUACUUGCUAGAUCUAAGGAGGCGGAAGCAGAGCUGACGGCACGGUAUAUGUAUCAUGUCCGUGGAAGCCCACUAUACCGGAAACCUGGCUCAGGAGCCGCUCCAGGACACGAUCUUUUAAAGAUGACAGAAUAUGACUUCCACGCAGAAACUAAAGGGCCGGCAGGAUAUGAAGCUGCUAGCCGUAUCAAAGACGUGAUAGGAGACUCGGUUGAAGGGUUUGCGUAUUUUCUGUCCGAAGAACCUGCUGGCCGCGAAAGUGAACUUUCAACAUCAGACAUCAGACUCGCUAGACAGCAGAAUGUUGUACUUCAGCAGGAUGGCGUUUUUCGAACAAAUUGUUUAGAUUGCUUGGACAGGACUAAUCUCAUUCAAACUAUGAUUAGUCGCAUGGUGAUCGAAAUGUUUCUGGCACAACGAAAUGGCCAUUCUCCACGGGAUUUUUGGAUGAGACAUUCAACCCUAUGGGCUGAUAAUGGGGAUGUUCUGUCAAGAAUCUAUGCAGGAACCGGUGCACUGAAGUCAUCAUUUACGAGACACGGCGCAAUGUCUGUUGCUGGUCAGUUUGCUGAUUUCCGCAAAAGCGCUACACGUCUAUUCGUCAACAACUUUACGGAUCCUGGAACACAAACUACUAUAGAUACACUACUGGGACUUAUGACUGAACAAGUACCAGUGCGUCUAUUUGACCCGAUAAAAGAUAUGGUAGACGCGGAGCUCAAACGAAACGCCGCGGAGUUUACAUCUCACGAGAAAAUUCGUAUAUGGGUUGGAACAUUCAAUAUCAAUGGUUGCAGCGAAGGAGCUAGCGAAGAUCUUAGUCCAUGGCUGCAUGGAUCCCUUGAGAAACUUGGUGAAGAGCCUACAAUUGUGGGUGUAGGAUUCCAAGAAAUCGUUGCGCUUAGCCCACAACAGAUCAUGUCUACUGACCCCAGUACGCGCUUGAUAUGGGAGGAAGCGGUUGCAAAGUCGCUUAACGAUAGGGCUAAGCAGAGAGGAACAACCAAAUACGUUUUCUUGAGGAGUGGUCAGCUUGUGGGUGCAGCGCUCAUUCUCUUCGUGAAGGAGGAUGUUAUCGAGAAGAUAAAAAAUGUGGAAGGUAGUGUAAAGAAGACUGGCUUGUCCGGGAUGGGUGGAAACAAAGGGGCUUGCGCUGUUCGUAUGGAGUAUUGCAACACAAGAAUAUGCUUCAUCACCGCGCAUUUGGCAGCUGGCUUCUCAAACUACGAGGAGAGAAAUCGCGACUAUCAAACUAUUGCUCGGGGCCUUAGAUUCCAACGGAACAGAACAAUCAACGACCACGACGUAAUCAUUUGGUUCGGUGACUUCAAUUAUAGGAUUGGCCUUAGCAACGAGCGUCUCAACAUUCAAAUGGUUGCUGGCAUGGCGUUUCAAUUCUAUAUGGAGGGGCCAAUCACCUUUCCACCAACAUAUAGAUAUGACAACGGCACGGACCUAUAUGACACUUCAGAAAAGCAGAGGAUCCCCGCCUGGUGCGAUAGAAUUCUCUGGAAGGGAAGCAACCUGCGUCAGUUAGCGUACCACACAGCACCCUUGAAAUUUUCAGAUCAUCGACCCGUCUACGCGGUAUUUGAAUGUGAGAUAUAUGUCGUAGAUGAAAAGCGCAAGGAAGAAUUAGGCCGAAAACUCUAUGAAGCACGAAAGGAUAUGCCUAUAAAAACACCGAGGUGUCUUAUAUCCGACGACCAGGAAGAGGAGGACGAUUUUGAUGAUGAUCAUUUUGAUAUAGAGGAUGAAUUUCCAGUUGCCCCUGGCCUCCCACCUCCCAGCUCAGACAAGCAGAAGUGGUGGAUUGACAAUGGUCGUCCUGUUCGAUCAACCAUUUCUCCGCCGCUGGGUGCUAGGAGCAAUGUGCAACGUGGAGCCAAUCCAUUUUCAACAUCACUAGGGUCCGAUUGGAGCCAAAUCGGGGAAGGCGAAAUUCCAGACUAUACUACACCUGGUCAGAUGGAGCGGAGUUCAAGCCGCAAUUCAACAAAACAUCCACUUUCUCCUUCCAUACUCCCACUCAGGUCAAUGACAGAAGUCAUACACGAACAAAAGCCGCUGAAUAGGAGCGCAUCACUGCGGUCUGGGACCAUGGCGCUAGAUGGGUCUAAGAAACCACCACCUCCUGUCCCUAAAAAGCCGGCAACUUUAAGUCCGACUGCAGGUAUGGCAAAAACAGAGAACUCGGCGGCUGCGGCUAGCAAUAAUAUGCCAAAACGAUGGACCGGCUUCGAAACCACACUGCCACAACCUGCGGGCCAACCACGUAAUGGUCAAGGACAGACAGACAUGGGACAAGCUGAUGGGACACCGGGCUCGCAAGCUCCAAGAAAGGUGGUCAGAGUAGGCGCUCAUGCCUCUUCAACUCCAGUGGUGAAGAAAAAACCACUGCCUCCCCCUAACGAACUUAUGGAUGCGGAUAAUGGCGCACGAGUACCAUCCUGGGAGCCCCUUUGCCCGCAGAAGUGA